ACCUACACACCAACUGCUUGUGUUUUAUUUUUAUGAGAAUCGCACCGAUUUUCCGAAUUAGGGAUUAAAUAAAGCAUCAAAUUGAUACCUGGUAACAAUGGUGAAUGACUCGGGUCUAUCCACUGUUGAUGACUUGGAGCAAAAACUGAACUCGGCCAAGCAGUCGCUGGUGAUCCUGAAUGAAAACAUUCGCCGCAUUGCUGGUCGCGUCCCCAAGGAUUCCCUUCAGAGAUCGGAGAAGUUUAAAUACACCCACGAUGGCAAGAAAAACGACCACAACGGCGAGCGACAGUUUCCCAGAAAUGGACCAGGUGGGGUCUUCAAAGACAAGCGGCGGAUGUACGAAACCAAAAACCCGGUUCCGCGCUUCCCCAUCGAGGAGAACGAGGGACGACCGCCCAGGAUCAACUCGCGGGUUAUCCGGGAAAUGCCCACCAAAAAGGAGGUGGUUGAGGCGCAGGGCACAGACUCCGAGUCGAGGGCCCGGAAUCGCCGGAUGUUCGGAUCGCUUCUGGGAACGCUGCAGAAGUUCUGCCAGGAGGAGUCCCGUUUGAAAAGCAAGGAGGAUAAGAAGGCCGAGAUCGAGAAGAAGGUGGAGAAGCAGGAACUCCAGGAAAGAGCCUUGUUACGGAAACAACGCGAAACGUUAUUUUUAGACAGGAAACGAAAACAAUUCGAGAUCCGAAGAUUGGAGUACAAAAUGGCCAGGAUGAAGGACUUCAAAGCGUGGGAAGCAACCAUGGCGUAUUCGAAAAGCCAUAUUCGAACCAAAACGAAACCACACUUGUUCUUUCGGCCAAAACAGCAUUCGGCUCGAACGGAAAAACUGCUAAGUAAGAGCAAAAGUGAAGCUGAUGUGUUCAUAGAAUGCAGGCGCGAGGAAUUGGAAGUCGAGCUGAAAAACCUGGAGAACAUGAGUUUUGUCAAGAUGGAUGAUGAUAACGUAAUGGACGACAGCUUCUAUGAAGAGCCUGACGAUGAAGAGCACUUGGAUAAGUCUACAUUAUAUGGUAAAUAAAAUUGGUGGAAAAGAAUGAUGCUAUUCUAGGUAUAAUGGAUUAAAAAUAAUUCAAAUUAAUAAAAUAAAAGCCAAACAA